UCGACUUCUGCUCGCAAGUGAUCGUUGUGGCUCUUUUUCUCGAGCAAAGAUGGACGCAAAGAAGGCCACUCCCAAGGCAGCUGGUGCUGUAAAAAAAACGAAGAAGGAGCCCAAAGAUUCCUCAAAAAAUGUCAUGCGGGAGGUGAAGAUUCGCAAACUCUGCCUGAAUAUCUGCGUCGGAGAAUCCGGUGACAGACUGACUCGUGCCGCAAAAGUACUUGAACAGUUGACCGGUCAACAGCCAGUUUUCUCAAAAGCAAGGUAUACCGUCCGGUCUUUCGGUAUCCGAAGAAACGAAAAGAUCGCCGUUCACUGCACAGUCCGCGAAGCUAAAGCGGAAGAAAUCUUAGAAAGAGGUUUAAAAGUUCGUGAAUACGAGUUGCGUAAAGAGAACUUCUCGGGUACUGGAAACUUUGGUUUUGGAAUCCAGGAGCACAUUGAUCUAGGUAUCAAAUACGACCCAUCCAUUGGUAUAUAUGGUUUGGACUUCUACGUCGUUCUUGGUCGCCCAGGAUUCAACGUAGCUCACAGGAGAAGGAAAACUGGCAAAGUCGGAUUCCAGCAUAGGUUAACAAAAGAAGAUGCCAUGAAAUGGUUCCAACAAAAAUACGAUGGAAUCAUAUUAUCUGGUAAAAAGUAAUUUACGAUUUUUUUGUAUUUUACAAGAAAAAAAA